CGGCGGGAGAGUCACGUGAUCCGAUUACUAAGAGAAGUUGAUCGGUUGCUACGGUGACCAGUCGUCGCUCGGUUAUGAUCGUAGAUGGAACGGCUUUGACAUUUAAUACAGUUUCUUUACCGUGUAAUUCUUUUUACGCUCUACGCAGUCCUCUCCUCGUAGGGUUUACGUAAAGGAUAACCCGAGCUGUGGUCAUUCAGCGGUCUCAUCGUUAUUUAAAAGAGCCGGUAUUAACGGAGAUUGAAACCAAGAUGGCCGCCGAGACGUCAAAUUUCGAUGUCGGUAACAAUCCAGAAUUGAAGUAUUUAGUGGUAGAUAAAAACGUUGUUAACGAUCCCACGGCACAAGCCGAAUGGACUUCGAAGAAAUUAAUAUGGAUACCUCACGAAAAUCACGGUUUUGUAGCGGCGAGUAUAAAAGGAGAAAAGGGUGACGAGCUGGAAGUGGAGGUCGUAGAGACCGGUAAAAGAUGCCUGGUUAACAAGGAUGAUGUUCAAAAAAUGAAUCCACCAAAGUUCAAUAAGGUGGAGGAUAUGGCCGAACUCACCUGUCUCAACGAAGCAUCCGUCCUGCAUAAUCUCAAAGACAGAUAUUACUCCGGCCUUAUUUAUACAUAUUCGGGGUUAUUUUGUGUGGUCGUCAAUCCUUAUAAGAAGCUUCCAAUCUAUGCAGAAAAAGUGAUCGAACUUUACAAAGGAAAGAAAAGGCAUGAAGUUCCACCCCAUAUCUUUGCUGUUACCGAUGGAGCUUACCGCAGCAUGUUGCAAGAUAGGGAAGAUCAAUCAAUCUUAUGCACAGGAGAAUCUGGUGCUGGAAAAACUGAAAAUACAAAAAAAGUUAUACAGUAUUUGGCAUAUGUUGCUUCAUCAAAACCUCGUUCUUCCACUUCAGGCAUUCAUUCUGUAAGUUUUGUAAAGUAUAGAAUAAUUUUAACUGUACUAUGUAAAAGGUUAUUUAACAUUUCUAAAAUAUUGAAUACUUUUGCUGAAUAUAGGGAAGAUCAAUCAAUCUUAUGCACAGGAGAAUCUGGUGCUGGAAAAACUGAAAAUACAAAAAAAGUUAUACAGUAUUUGGCAUAUGUUGCUUCAUCAAAACCUCGUUCUUCCACUUCAGGCAUUCAUUCUUAUCAUGCUCCAUCUGUAAAUGUCAUUAGAGAAUUAGAACAACAAUUACUUCAAGCCAAUCCUAUACUUGAAGCAUUUGGUAAUGCAAAGACUGUUAAAAAUGACAAUUCCUCAAGAUUUGGUAAAUUCAUCAGAAUCAAUUUUGAUGCAUCUGGAUUUAUUGCUGGUGCUAAUAUUGAAACAUGUUUAUUAGAAAAAUCAGAUUAUAAAAAAUCAAUGUUGAUAUUUUUGUUUUGUAUUUCCCCCACCUCUAUUAAUGCUUACUUUGUUAUAGUACUUUUUAUUUAUACAAUAUAUAAUAUAAUAUAUGGAUAUGCAAUAUAUAUUAAACUAAUUUACAAUAUUUUCCAAACUUUAGAGGAAUUUCUUCUUGAAAAUGCAAAAGAUUAUACAUUUUUGACCAAUGGCAAUGUAACUGUCCCAGGUAUAGAUGAAAGUCAAGAAUUUAAAAAUACUGUUAAUGCCAUGACAAUAAUGGGUUUAUCUCAAGAAGAUUUAAAUGCUAUAUUUCGUGUUGUUUCUGCUGUUUUAUUAUUUGGAAAUAUGAAAUUUAAGAAAGAGCGCAAUUCUGAUCAAGCAACUUUACCAGAAAAUACUGUUGCUCAGAAAGUAAGUCAUCUUUUGGGGUUAAAUGUAACUGAGAUGACAAAAGCAUUUUUAAAACCCAGACUAAAAGUUGGAAGAGAUUAUGUGACAAAAGCUCAAACAAAAGAACAGGUUGAAUUUGCUGUUGAAGCUAUUUCUAAAGCUUGUUAUGAACGAAUGUUCAGAUGGCUAGUAAAUAGGAUAAAUCGUUCAUUGGAUCGUACUAAACGUCAAGGAGCUUCUUUUAUUGGAAUUUUGGACAUUGCUGGAUUUGAAAUAUUUGAUCUAAAUUCUUUUGAACAACUGUGUAUUAAUUACACAAAUGAGAAACUCCAACAAUUAUUUAAUCAUACAAUGUUUAUUUUGGAACAAGAAGAGUAUCAGAGAGAAGGGAUUGAAUGGAAAUUUAUAGAUUUUGGACUUGAUCUUCAGCCAACUAUAGACUUAAUAGAAAAGCCAAUGGGAAUACUUGCUUUAAUUGAUGAAGAGUGCUGGUUUCCAAAAGCUACUGAUAAAACUUUUGUUGAGAAACUUGUAAAUACCCAUACACAUCACCCAAAAUUUAUUAAGUCUGAUUUUAGAGAUUCAGCAGAUUUCAGUAUUAUUCAUUAUGCUGGAAAGGUGGAUUAUUCUGCAACUCAGUGGUUAAUGAAAAAUAUGGAUCCUUUAAAUGAAAAUGUUGUGUCAUUGUUGCAGACUUCUCAAUAUCCAUUUAUGGUUCAAAUUUGGAAAGAUGCGGAAAUAGUAGGAAUGGGUGCUGCAACAAUGGGAGAUACCCAGUUUGGUGCAAGAACUAGGAAAGGAAUGUUCCGUACAGUCAGCCAGCUAUAUAAAGAUCAGCUCUCUAAAUUAAUGGUGACUUUACGGAAUACUAAUCCUAAUUUUGUCCGUUGUAUCAUUCCAAAUCAUGAGAAAAAGGCAGGAAAAAUUGAUGCUACACUAGUAUUGGAGCAACUUAGAUGCAAUGGAGUAUUGGAAGGCAUACGUAUUUGUCGUCAAGGUUUUCCUAAUCGUAUCCCAUUCCAAGAAUUUAGACAAAGAUAUGAACUUCUUACACCAAAUGCUAUUCCAAAAGGUUUUAUGGAUGGAAAAUUAGCCUGUGAAAAAAUGAUUUUAGCUCUUGACUUGGAUCCAAACUUAUAUAGAGUUGGACAGAGUAAAAUCUUCUUCCGUGCAGGUAUUUUAGCUCAACUAGAAGAAGAACGUGAUAUGAAAAUUUCUGAUUUGAUUAUUCAGUUUCAAGCUUGUUGCAGAGGUCUUUUAGCUCGCAGGUAAUUAUUGUCUUUUCUAAUAAUGAUGAACUACUAUACAGUAUUUGUAUAUCAGUANAUCAAAUUUUGUUUAUAAAUAUUUAAAUUGAAAAACAUUUCUUAAUUUUAGGUAAAACCACUUUUACAAGUUACAAAACAAGAAGAAAAAUUAAAUGCUAAAGAAGAUGAAUUAAGACAAGUUAAAGAAAAAAUGGAAAAAGCAGAACAAGAUGUAGGAGACUUAGAAAAAAAACUGCAACAAGUAAUGGAAGAAAAAGCUAUGUUAGCAGAGCAACUUCAGGCUGAAACUGAACUUUGUGCAGAAGCAGAAGAAAUGAGACUUAGAUUAACAGGAAGGAAACAGGAAUUAGAAGAAAUAUUACAUGAUUUAGAAGCAAGAAUAGAGGAAGAAGAAGAAAGGAACCAAACUUUAAAUUCAGAAAAGAAAAAAUUACAGCAGAACAUUCAAGAUUUAGAAGAACAGCUUGAAGAAGAAGAAGCCGCACGGCAAAAAUUACAAUUGGAAAGAGUUUCAUUAGAUUCAAAAAUUAAAAAGCUUGAAGAAGAUUUUGCUAUAAUUGAUGAUUCAAAUCAAAAAUUUCAAAAAGAAAAGAAGGCAUUAGAAGAAAAACAGCUUGAACUUGCUCAAACAUUAACAGAAGAAGAAGAGAGAGCUAAACAUCUGAGUAAACUGAAAGCAAAACAUGAAGCCACUAUUGCAGAUUUGGAUGAAAGAUUAAGGAAAGAACAACAGACUAGACAAGAAUUGGAAAGAGUAAAGAGAAGAUUAGAAACUGAAAUGAACGAUGUAAAAGAACAGUUGAGUGAAAAGAAAAUCCAAGUCGAUGAAAUGCAACAACAGUUAGCUAAAAGAGAAGAAGAACUGAAUCGAACUCUUUUAAAAUGUGAUGAAGAGGCUGUUGCUAAAGCACAAGCACAAAAAACACUUCGUGAAAUUGAAAGCCAAUUGUCUGAAGUUCAAGAGGAUUUAGAAGCUGAAAGAUUAGCUCGUGCCAAAGCAGAAAAACAAAAGAGAGAUUUACAUGAGGAAUUAGAAGCCUUGAAGACUGAAUUAUUAGAUUCUCUUGAUUCAACAGCAGCCCAACAAGAAUUAAGAUCCAAAAGAGAAAAAGAAAUAGCGUUAUUAAAGAAGUCGUUGGAAGAUGAAGCAGCUCUUCAUGAAGCACAAAUUGUUGAUUAUCGUCAAAAACACAAUCAAGCUAUUGAACAGUUGAAUGAACAAUUAGAUUCUGUUAAAAAGGCAAGAGCUGCACUUGAAAAAGCUAAAAGCAAUCUUGAGACAGAAAAUUUUGAAAUGGCAAAUGAAAUAAAUACACUUACAGCAUCCAGGCAAGAUUCUGAACGCAAAAGAAAACAACUUGAAUCUCAAGUCCAGGAAUUAAGUAUUAAAUUAGCAGAUGCAGAACGUAAUAAAUCUGAAUCUGCUGAAAGAAUUCAGAAAUUACAGGCUGAAUUAGAAGCUGUAAGUGCACAACUUGAAAUGCUGGACACAAAAGCAACUCAAGCAGCCAAAAGCACAAGUGCCUUGGAAUCUCAACUAGCAGAAACUCAAGAGUCUUUACAAGAUGAAACAAGGCAGAAACUUGCUUUAAGUUCAAAAUUAAGGCAAGCAGAAAGUGAGAGAGACAAUUUACAAGAGCAGUUGGAAGAAGAAGAGGAAGCAAAAAAAGCAUUAGAGAAACAAAUAACACAAUUACUUCAACAGGUACAAGAAUGCAAGAAAAAAGAAGAAGAAGAAGCAGAACAGUUGGCUACUUUGGAGGAGAUAAGGAAAAAACAAAAUAAAGAUCUGGAAGCAUUACAAAGACUCAAUGAAGAGUUACAGACUGCAUACGAUAAGCUAGAAAAAUCUAAAAAGAAGCUACAAUCUGAAGUGGAAGAUCUAAAUUGUGAAUUGGAUAAUCAAAGAUCCAAAGUAUCAGAACUUGAAAAGAAACAAAGAAAAUUUGAUCAAAUGCUUGCAGAAGAAAAAGCUGUUUCUGAAAGAAUUGCAUUAGAACGAGAUAAUGCAGAGAGAGAAAUUAGAGAAAAAGAAACAAGGAUACUUUCACUGACUAGAGAUUUGGAUGAUAAACAAGAACAAUUAGACGAAUUAGAAAGGUCACGUAAGCAGUUACAAGUAGAACUUUAUGAACUUGUUAAUAGUCAAGGAACUGCUGAUAAAAAUGUGCAUGAAUUAGAGAAAAGUAAGAGGGCAUUAGAAAGUCAAUUAGCUGAACAGAAAACGCAGAUUGAAGAACUUGAAGAUGAACUUCAAUUAACUGAAGAUGCUAAAUUACGUUUAGAAGUUAAUAUGCAAGCAAUGAAAGCCCAGUUUGAGAGAGAUUUACAAGCAAAAGAUGAACAAGCUGAAGAGAAGCGUAGAGCAUUAAAAUGCCAGUUAAGAGAUCUUGAAGCUGAAUUGGAAGAUGAACGAAAACAAAGAGCAGCUGCAAUUAGUUCACGAAAAAAAUUAGAAGGCGAUUUCAAGGAACUUGAACAACAGUUGGAGAUUGCAAACAAAAUGAAAGAGGAUGCAUUGCGACAAUUGAAGAAAUUGCAGAGCCAAGUAAAGGAUUAUCAACGUGACAUAGAAGAAUUACGACUAGUAAAAGAUGAGUUAACUGCUCAAUCAAAAGAUUUAGAAAAGAAAUUAAAGACACAAGAAGCAGAUAUUAUUCAAUUGCAAGAUGAUUUAUCAAAUUCUGAAAGAGCACGUCGUUCUGCAGAAUCAGAAAGAGAUGAACUGCAAGAAGAAAUUAAUAAUCAUACAUCAAAGACUUCACUUAUGCAAGAAGAGAAGAGACGGUUAGAAGGUAAGAUUCAUCAGUUAGAAGAAGAAUUAGAAGAAGAACAAAGCAAUUCAGAAAUUCUUAUGGAUAAAACUCGAAAAGCACAAAAUCAAAUUGAACAAUUGACAACUGAUUUAGCUAGUGAAAGGUCCCAGUCACAGAAACUAGAAAAUGGAAGAAUGCUCUUAGAAAGACAGAAUAAAGAAUUAAGAAUAAAACUUCAAGAAUUAGAAACAUCUCAGCGUUUAAAGACAAAAGCUGCAAUUGCUGCAUUAGAAGCAAAAAUAUCUCAAUUAGAAGAACAAGUGGAUAUUGAAGCAAAAGAAAGAUUAGCAACAGCUAAAGCUGGUCGUAAACUUGAAAAGAGAUUAAAAGAAGUACUUAUGCAGUUAGAAGAUGAAAGAAGACAUGCUGAUCAAUACAAAGAACAGGUUGAAAAAGCUAAUAGUCGUGUUAAAGGCUUAAAACGUCAGCUAGAUGAAGCAGAAGAAGAGUGUUCCAGAGAAAAAGCACAAAAACGAAAGGCUCAACGUGACUUAGAAGAUUUAAUGGAAUCACACGAGUCUGUAACUCGUGAAUUAACUAAUCUAAAGAAUAAAAUGAGAAGAGGCACAGGUUCUCCUGCUACUCUACCAAACAGCCGCUAUCUGGGUACUAAGAGAGGUUCGAUACCUAGCAGUGCAAGCGGAGACGAUGGAUCCAUCACAUCUCUACCCGAUGAGAUCUUGGACGACGACAGCCAAGCCUGAUCUGUCUCGCAUCUGACUUUUUCUUACAAUGGUGAUAUUUUCCUCUAAUUUGUAAUUAAGAGGAGAAUAUAGUGAAUAUCCUCUGCUUAAAUUGAGUUGCAAAGCAACUGCUAACAUUCCCAAUUCAAAUAAUGUAGACUCAAAAUUAUAUUCAUGUAAUAAUAAGCAUGAUCCCAGUUAUAGAGUUGCCAAAUAUAGAAUUAGGAACUUUGUAAAAAAAAUUUUUUUAAUGAGAUUUGCUACUUUGAAAAUUUUUUGGAUACAAAUGUGAUUAAAUGAACAUCUAGAAUCUGUGCAAUGUUCCAAAUAACUUUAAGAGAGUUGCAUUUUUAUUUAAUUACUGUAAUUUAAGCAGCCCAAAUGAAAUACUGCUUAGACUACGGUUAUAAAUUUAUAUCAUUUUUUAAAAAGUCUAUAAAUUAUUUGCUUGAAAAUUAUUUGUUAUGUUAUGCACAUUGAUGCAGAAAAGUAAGAUUAUACUAACUUUUUUGAAUUUGUUCUACCAUGCAAAUUUACGGUUGCGGCUCAAGGCCCAGACUAUAGUAAAUGCCUUAGUGUGCCAACUGCUUGUUAUUUCUAUAUGAAAAUAUUGGAAAAAAAUACUAACUUAAGUUUUGCUUCUGUAUGAAGCAAUUCAUGUAUUUUGAAAUUGUACAAAGGGAGUAGAAGACAUAUUUUUUUGCUUAUUAUACUAAAUGAUCGAAAAACUUUUAUAUGACGUGUCAUUUAUAAUUAUCUUCAGUAUUAAGACAAGCUUUUCUAACAAAUUUUAAACUGAACAUUUUGUAAUUCACUUAUUCUUUAUAUUAUUCUUUAAACUUAUUUUUAUACAAUUGAUACUAUGUAUUUCUGACUACUUUAAUAAACCUUGAUGUAUUUGUU